CUUUAUAAAUCCGAUUCCACAAAUCGCCGUUUCGAUUUAUUUUUCACCAUAAUUUUUUUUUGUCCGACCAAAUUGGUCGGCACGGCGGGCGCUCAGGGACAAGAAAAAUAAACCCAUCGGGAAGAGAUGAAGCAGACCGACCAGCCGACAAAAGCCUUCCCCCACAAGGCAGGCUGGGCUCAUACCACCGCGCUUGUGAACUCGCUAGACGGGCUAGUACUACACAGUACAUCGUCAGGUCAUCGUGGUGACGAUCUAGGCAAUGUUGCCGCUGAUUUUCAUUUGACGGGUCGAUUGUCGGAAGGUGGCCAACAAGUUGUCACUGAGGCCGAUGGGUUUCCCACCGGCUCUCUUCGACCUUCCCCGACGAGUCCGAAUCACGGUCGUUUAUGGCCAGGAAUGAAAGACAACCCGGGGGUUUCGAGGUGUGAAAUCGACCAAGAGAACGAAGCACAUCGCGGGAAAAGGGGAAGAUCGAAACAAAGGGAGUUCCGAGACGAGGAGGACUUGCCUUUGGGGAAUGGCAGAGGGGCCUGUGGCGCAGUCUUACUAAAAACUACCAGUAGGAAGGGUAGAACCUUCCGGCAACCAGAGAGUACUUGUGUGGAAGAAUUGGCCUGCGCUUAG